AUGUGGCUGCUGCUGGUGGCCCUAUGCCUGCCCCAGGGCCUGGGCAGUGCCAUCCCCAUCGCUGAAGAACUACGCAACCCCGAGAGGUUCAUGAACAUCAGCCAGAAGAUCCGUUUCCAGGGCUAUCCCAGCGAGGAGUACGAGGUGACAACAGAGGAUGGCUACAUCCUCAGCCUCAACAGGAUCCCCCACGGCAGAGGGGGCGCUGGGCACUCAGCAUCCAGGACACCCGUGUUGAUCGUGCAUGGGUUUUCUUUGGAUGGUGGUGACUGGGUGGACAAUCUCCCCAACAACAGCCUGGCCUUCAUCCUGGCAGACGCGGGAUACGACGUCUGGAUCGGGAACAACCGGGGCAACAGCUGGUCCCGCGGGCACCUGUUCCUUUCUGUCCACCAGGAGAAGUUCUGGGAUUUCAGCUUCCACGAGAUGGCCAUCUACGAUCUCCCUGCCAUGGUGGGCUUCAUCAUCAUGCAAACCGAGCAGGAGAAACUCUUCUACGUGGGCCACGCUCAGGGCAGCUCCCUGGGUUUCAUAGCGUUUUCCAGCCUGCCACACCUGGGAGAGAAGAUCAAACUCUUCUUUGCUCUGACUCCUGGGUACACCUUGAAUCACAUCAGAAGCCCUGUGUUAAAGGUAGUAUUUCUACCAGAUGAGGUCCUGAAGCUAAGAUUUGGGACCAAAGAGCUGAGCCUGGUGAGCAGGAAGGACAGAGCCCUCCUUGCUGAGAGGUGCAGCAUAAUUCCAUUAGAUGAACUCUGUGAAAAUGAGAUCUUCCUUGUCGGCGGGUACAACAAGGACAACUUGAACGCGAGCCGACUGGAUGUAUACCUAGCUCAUUUUCCAGACUAUACAUCAGUAAAAACUCUUCUCCACUGGGGACAGACGGCCAAAACUGGGGAGUUCAAGCAGUUUGACUACGGGAUCCUGAAGAACCUGGAGAAGUACCACCAGUCCCACCCACCCUUCUACAGGAUCGAGGACAUGACGGUGCCGGUGGCCCUGUGGAGCGGGGGGCAGGACUGGGUGAACACCCCCCGGGAGAUCAAUCACCUGCUCCGCCGCCUCUCCAGCGUCAUCCGGCACGAGCAGUUCCCCGACUGGAACCACUUCGACUUCCACUGGGGCCUGGACGCCGCGCAGCGCCUCUACAGCCAGAUGCUGUCCCUCAUGGGCCAGUACUCAUGA